AUGGCUGAAAUCUCCCAAGAAGUUCCCCAAGACGCUCAGGUCGGCUGGCUCGACCUCAAGAGCGAGAAUGGCCAAGACUACCGCGUCAAAGCCUCCGACUACGACAUUUCCGAAGGCCCAUCUGGAAAAGAUGCGCCUUCUGCCUCAGGUCCCCCCUUCAACGUCAACGUUCACUGGCAAGUUGGUACCGAGGGCGCCCCCUCUGCUGAAAUCCAGGACAAGACAGCCAUCACCUGGUACAAGUUUGAGAAGGCACCUUGGUACUCUAUCUACCAGUACAAGCUCACCAUCAACACUCGAGACACCUACAACUACACCUUCUUCGACAGUGAACCUGACUACUAUGGUCUCAACAUUCUGGACACCUCUGGCAGCCACACGGUUGAGUUUAGGUCCAAAAACCCUACUAUCACCAGCAUCACUGGAACUUAA